AUGGAGGCACUACAGCAACGCGAGAGAAUGGCGGUGUUGUCGGGUUUGGUCAAAGCGGCGGACGACGCGUUUGACCGAGCCGAGAUCGACGACGUCACGAAAGAGUUGUUUCUCGACACACAGAUCGAGGACGAGAUGAAAGAGAUGUUCGACAUUGCGAGACGAAUUCAAUUUUUUGAUGAAACGGGAAAGUUGGAAGGCGCUCUGGAGUUGGUGAAGGAUUUCGAAAAGUACGCGCGGAGCGAGGAUUCGAAAGUCGUCGCAGUCGCGGUGUGGUGCGGGGCGUGGAGCGCGAUUCAAAAUGAACUUUUUAGACGUAGCGAGUGGAUACGAGUGCUCGAGAAACUGUUUUGGACGAUCCACACGCUCUGUUUGAGUCAUCGCUUCAGCAAAAUCCGCGCGUGUGCGGCGAUUCAGUGCGGGGAGUUGGCCACCGCCGCGAUGUUGAAGUUGUGCGAUUUGCGCGUGCACGAGGCAUAUGCUCGUGAUAUGUUACGCUUGAGCUUAGAUGAAAAGUGCACAGUACGACACGCCGUGUCCUGUAGCGUCUCCAUGUGCUUCGUUAGACGCAUAUAUUCUGGGCUUUUCACCGUAAGAGAAGCGGAUGCAGCUUUGCUGUGCGCGAUGUUUGUGAGUGCCGUCGGGAAAAGAAAUCCUUUUGCGCACAUCGAUUACGUGAACAAAGCGCACUUGACAAAAACUAUGAAUGAAGGGUUUGCAUCAGUGACGCACUAUACCUUAGAACGAAUGAUUCAGUGCAUGUUAAACGAUCAGCUGUGGCGCACGGAUGACAAAGACAUCCUUGGACGGCGUCUCCGCGCGUGCGCGCUCAUCGUCGAACACGUCGGCGAUCGCGUUGCCCCGUUCGUCGAUUCAAUCAUCAAGAUGUUGCUAGAUACUUUGACCAAGAGUCUUGUUUGGCGCGAUGCGGAAUAUUUGAUGGAAAUAUUGAUGAUUCACGCGCCCUCGACGCGUAGGACGUGGGUUGAACCGACGAUGCUGCACGUAAACUCCGAGUUUACUUUGCACAUGGUUGCUUUGUGUGUAUGCGAAAAAUUUCUCUCUAGAAGAAAGCAGCAUGGCGUCACACAUGCACUCAACUUGGAUGAUGUUGCGUUCAUUUCAGAAAGUCUGGAGAAGACUAUGUUUCGAUUGGAUUCAUGUGACAAGCUAGAUGAUUCAAGUGGCGUCCUAAAUUGCGUCGAAAGUAUCCUUGCGUCAUGUUUAGAGAUUCUUCGUCAGCAGAAUAAGGCUAGCAUGGCGACGCGAAAGUUCAAGAAACUUGAAGCAUGUGUGAAAAUUCAGACUAUGUACUUUUGUGUGUGCGGAAUGUCUUCCAUCGACGUAACUGGCGAGAUGUUGAUGGCAUGCACUCCAAAGGAUGAAGUUGAGGCAUCGGAGAUAUUUCGUCUCAUCGUCGACCGUAACGUACCACUACGUUCGUUCCGGGCAAAUACACUCACGGCGCUUUUUUGCCUUCUUCGCGGUACGCAACUGGUUGCUGAAAUAUCGGAAUGUCUCGCCCAACAAAUCGACCCAGCGACGUGUGAUGCAUCAUUGGAUUCACUUCUUACAGUCAAAGACUUCAUGGUACCAUUCAUCUUGUACUUGCGAUCACGCGGCGAUGAGACACUGAAUAAGGCGGAUUUUGUCACAAAUAUCGCUCCAGUUCUGGACGCUUUGCUCGAUUGGAUGCGAUGGAGACCGGGUGAAAUGACGGCGCAGCUUGCCGAUAUAGCCGCCACGUGUUUCGCCGUUCAAAAUUCAUUGAGUGAGCCAAUUUCGUAUAAUGAUGAAAUUGGCGAGUUUGUGGAAUCCCUGACAGAUGAGCAAUCCGAAGAAAGUGCGUUGCAAACAUUCUUGACGCGCUGGUUAUCACUAGAAAAUCGUUCAAAGCGAGUGAUAGACGUGAUAUGUUCGAUGUCAUUCGAAAAAACGUCGUCUGUCUUUUGCCGGCAAAAGAGAGACGCCAUGUUGCAUUUGCAAAAAUGUGCAUGUUUGGCAGACAGACAAAACGCAGUAAAAUUUCUCGAGCGCGUCGCAUCCAGAUAUUUAGAGCAAGUCUCGACUUCCUCAAGUACUCAGGUUCGUGUUCGUUCGUUGUUAGCCUUGGGGAAAACCAUUGCACAGUUGAUACGCGAUUUUAACGACCAUCAGACGGCUAAGAAGUUUGUGGGAGACAUCUUCGUGUUCGCCGAUGACGCCGACAAAGCCGUUCGAGUGGGAGCAUGCAGAGUGUUAGGUGCUUUGCAACAUUGUCACUCACAAGUCGCCACAAUCGUGCGCGGACUCUUAGACUCGGCGGAUACUAAAUUUUUCAUACACAAGGACGCCCUGCAGUGUCUUGAACAUCCCGAGGCGCUUGAGAAGGAAUUCGGGAACGACGCGCGAUAG